AUGUACAUAUCCGCAAAGAACCUUCCGCCUACUCCUGGCUCGCCUUUCCCGACAGUUCCCGUAGCUGUCCCCGAUGCUGUCGCGGUACAGCUAGCACCGCAAGCGAAUCCGCUCGGACAGCAUCCGCCUCCAGCAGAAGCAGCACAGCUGAACCACCCCGUGGCACAGGAGCCCGCCGAGGCAGUAGUAGCUGCGCUGCCCGUGGGCACUGCGACUGUGACGCCGCCAGAGUCUAUGACCGUGGUAGAAGAUGUAGUAGGGCAAGACGUGGUGUCGCAGUCGCGGCCUGUGCGGCAGCAUCCGCCAUGGUAUACCGCAGAGCAGGCAUAG